AUGAGGAAUUUACACACAUUUAAUGGCAUAAUACCGUUGACAUCCAGGAGGAUACUUCCUCCUGCGGUGAAACCGGUGCUGUUACUGUUGCUGUUCCAGCGAUAUAACAGUAGUGACUCUAAUAAUGAAGAUCUAGCACAACAACUCAAAGCAUCAUCAUUAGUCAAGAACCAUUUACAAUUGGCCAAGCUUAAGCAAUCCGAAGCGGCCCAAAUUGAAAAGAAGCAAAUACAAGAAAAGACCAAUCGAACAUUUAAACAAAACAUAAAGACGGUGGGAAGAAUUCUUCAAUUAGGUAAGCCCGAUAUCAAGCUUUUCCUAUUAGCUAUGGCAUUCAUCCUAUGUGCUGUUUUAUACCCCACCACUGCUGUUAAGUUAGUUGGAUCGGCACUUGAUGCAUAUAACCUAAACACAGUUGAUGAUGAGGGAUACUUGCUUAUAUGGGGAUAUAGAUACACUACCGUAUUCCAAUUCAUGGUUCCAUUCAUGUGUUUAUCUGCAGUUUGUUUCUGGGCCAGAAUUUGGGUAUUGAAAAUACUUGGAGAAAGAUUAGUGGCAAGGUUACGGUUUAGAGUAAUGAAAUCCUUGCUUCGUCACGAUUCCAAAUUUUACGACAAUGAAAAGAAUAAAGUUGGUGAUUUGAUUUCAAGAUUGUCAAGUGAUGCAUACAUUGUCUCGCGAUCCAUAACUAGUAAUUUACCUGAUGGGUUAAAGAACUUAUUAUUUGGGGUUAUAAGUGCAUAUAUGAUGUAUCUGAUCAACCCUAUUCUUUUUGGAGUCAUGUGUUUGAUUUCACCUCCGAUUACAUUUGGAUCAGUAUGGUAUGGAGAAAAGAUUCGUAAGCUUUCGACAAGGUUGCAAAAUGCCACGGCAGGAAUGACUAAAAUAAGUGAAGAAACUUUGAAUGCGAUAAAGUUAGUCAAGGCAUUUACAGGUGAGCUGAAAGAGCUUGAUAAAUAUAGUGCCAAGAUUAGACAAACGGUCAAUGUUGCCAAACAAGAAGCUCUAGCCCAGUCUAAUUACCUGGUUUCAAUCUACUCGUUAUACCAUACCGGUUAUUUAUCAUGUGUGGCUCUUGGUCUUUAUCUUAUCAUGAAUGGACAAAUGACUACCGGUGAUGUCGUUGCAUUUACCAUGUACCUGGAAUUCUUCAAUGCGUCAUUAUACAGUUUAACCACGACAUAUUUGGAAUUAAUGAAAGGUGCCGGUGCUGGGGUCAAGCUUUUUGAAUUGAUGGACUAUAAAAGUGAAGUUCCACCAGUUGUAGGUGAGAAGAAACCAGCUCAUAUCAGAAAUGACAUUGAAUUCAAAGAUGUGGUUUUCAGUUAUCCUACUCGUUCACAAGACUUGAUAUUCAAUGGAUGUAAUUUUAAAAUUAGAGCAGGAACAAGUACUUGUAUUGUUGCCCCUUCAGGUUGUGGUAAAUCCACUGUGGCUGCAUUAUUACUCCGAUCUUAUAAUUUACAGAGUGGACAAAUCUUGAUUGGUGGUAAAGAUAUAACUGAAUUACAGGUUCGUGAUUUGAGAAGGGAUAUAAUUGGGAUUGUUCAACAGGAGCCAUUAUUACUUCUGGGUACUAUUCUUGAGAACAUUGUGUAUGGAUUAACAUCAGCAGAAGUAAAAGACAUGUCCAUGGACGAGAUAAUUGAAGUUUGUAAACAAGCACAUUGUCACGAAUUUAUCAUGAGUUUACCUGAUGGAUAUGAUACUGUGAUUGGUGGAUCAGGCGGAGUUGCCCUUUCUGGGGGUCAGAAACAACGAGUGGCCAUUGCCAGAGCAUUGAUUAAAAAGCCAAGCGUAUUAAUAUUGGAUGAGGCUACUUCUGCAUUAGAUUCCAAAUCAGAAUCGUUAAUUAACGAAACGUUGAAGGAAUUAACCAGCGAAGGUAAAAUGACAAUCAUUUCAAUUGCACAUAGAUUAAGUACAAUUUCCAAAUCAGAGUAUGUUGUGGUGUUGGGAAGAAGACCGGGAGUUUCUGGUUCGCAAGUUGUUGAAGAAGGUAGGUUUGUGGAAUUAUUUGCUAAUCCAAACUCGGAACUUUCCAAAUUGUUGGAUGAAUCUGCACAUACGGAACCUGCUGAUUCGAUUGAAGAAAUUGAGCAUAUUAAUCGAGAAGCAAAAGAGAUUGAACAAGAGCAGAAAUUAAGCCAAUUAGACCACGUACGAAGCUUGGUAGAUCAAUUGUCGCCUGAGUUGCGUGAACAAUUAAUCAGUGAGGUAAACCAGGAAGCCCCAGUUGAACCCACCGAGAGAGUACGCGAUAGAUAA